UUGCAGGAAUCACCUGACUCCUUCAUCAUGGCUUCCAGCCCAGCCCAGCCCCGUCGGCAGAGCACUGAUCCCCUCACCUCCAGCCCUGGCCGGAGCUCUCGGCACCUCGAUGGCCUGACCUCCAGCCCUGGCCGUGACCUUCCUCCCUUUGAGGACGAGUCUGAGGGGCUCCUAGGCACACAGGGGCCCCUGGAGGAGGAGGAGGAUGGAGAAGAGCUUAUCGGAGAUGGCAUGGAGAGGGACUACCGUGCCAUCCCCGAGUUGGACGUCUACGAGGCGGAGGGGCUGGCGCUGGAGGACGAGGACGUGGAGGAGCUGACGGCCAGUCAGAGGGAGGCGGCGGAGCGGGCCAUGCGGCAGCGCGACCGGGAGGCCGGCCUGGGCCUGAGGCUGGGCCUGGGCCGCAUGCGCCGCGGGCUCCUGUACGAGAACCGCGAGAGCCUGGUGGUGAACUACGAGGACCUGGCGGCCCGGGAGCACGUGCUGGCCUACUUCCUGCCCGAGGCCCCUGCAGAGCUGCUGGGCAUCUUCGACGAGGCCGCGCUGGAGGUGGUGCUGGCCAUGUACCCCAAGUACGGCCGCAUCGCCACCCGCAUCCACGUGCGCAUCUCCCACCUGCCGCUCGUGGAGGAGCUGCGCUCGCUCAGGCAGCUGCACCUGAACCAGCUCAUCCGCACGGGCGGGGUGGUCACCAGCUGCACGGGCGUCCUGCCGCAGCUCAGCGUGGUCAAGUACAACUGCAGCAAGUGCAGCUGCGUGCUGGGGCCCUUCUGCCAGUCCCAGAACCAGGAGGUGAAGCCCGGCUCCUGCCCGGAGUGCCAGUCGGCCGGGCCCUUCGAGGUCAACAUGGAGCAGACCAUCUAUCAGAACUACCAGCGCAUCCGGAUUCAGGAGAGCCCGGGCAAGGUGGCGCCCGGCCGGCUGCCCCGCUCCAAGGACGCCAUCCUGCUCGCCGACCUGGUGGACAGCUGCAAGCCGGGGGACGAGAUCGAGCUGACCGGCAUCUAUCACAACAACUACGACGGCUCCCUCAACACCUCCAACGGCUUCCCCGUCUUCGCCACCGUCAUCCUGGCCAACUACGUGGCCAAGAAGGACGACAAGGUCGCCGUCGGGGAGCUCACUGACGAGGACGCCAAGAUGAUCACCAGCCUGUCCAGGGACCAGCAGAUCGCGGAGAAGGCAGGUGGAGGCGCUCGCGGCCCGAGUCUCGGCGUGUUCUCCCCGCCUCCCCCGGCCCCCGGGGCGGAGGUGCCCUCGCCCCGGAAGCCGCGUGACCUUCCCGUGCUUUUACUUCCCGGCGUGGAGCUCGGGGAGCUCGUCUCGCCAAGGGGGGCCCGUGCUCCGGGGGAAGGGGGCCGACUCUGGCGUCGGGAUUGGUGGCUCCGGCUGCGCCGCGGGCCGGCAGGUGGCCGCGGUGGCUUCUCCGAGCCCUGGGCGGGGAAGGCGGGGGGCGGGGCGUGCGCUGCAGCGGAGGGUUCCUGUGUUGCAGGGGGGCGCUACGACCCCUCGCUGACCUUCUCAGAGAACGUGGACCUCACGGAGCCCAUCAUCUCGCGCUUCGACAUCCUGUGCGUGGUGAGGGACACGGUCGACCCCGUCCAGGACGAGAUGCUGGCCCGCUUCGUGGUGGGCAGCCACAUCCGGCACCACCCCAACAACAAGCAGGAGGAGGGCCCGGCCGCCGAGCCCGCCAUGCCCAGCACGUACGGCGUGGAGCCCCUGCCGCAGGACGUCCUGAAGAAGUACGUCAUCUACGCCAAGGAGAAGGUCCACCCCAAGCUCAACCACAUAGACCAGGACAAGGUGGCCAAGAUGUACAGCGAUCUGAGGAAGGAGUCUGCGGCGACGGGCAGCAUCCCCAUCACGGUAAGGCACAUCGAGUCCAUGAUCCGCAUGGCCGAGGCCCACGCGCGCAUCCACCUGCGGGACUACGUCACGGAAGACGACGUCAACAUGGCCAUCCGCGUGAUGCUCGAGAGCUUCGUGGACGCGCAGAAGUUCAGCGUCACGCGCAGCAUGCGCAAGAGCUUCGCCCGCUACCUCUCGUUCCGGCGCGACAACAACGAGCUGCUGCUCUUCCUGCUGAAGCAGCUGGUGGCCGAGCAGGUCACGUAUCAGCGCAACCGCUUUGGGGCCCAGCAGGACGCCAUCGAGGUGCCCGAGAAGGACCUGGUGGACAAGGCUCUCCCAGAAGUGACAAGUGGCCGCCACCGGGUCCGGCAGCCACCGGGGGCAGGAUCCGAACUGGACCGCCUGGCUCCUGGUUCUUUCCCGGCCUUCAAGGCUCUCCUGGAGGUGACAAGUGGCUUCCACCAGGUCCAGGAGCCACCAUGGGCAGGAUCCGAAUUGGACCGCUCGGCUCCUGGUUCUUUCCCGGCCUUCAAGGCUCUCCCGGAGGUGACAAGCGGCCGCCACCGGGUCCAGUAG